AUGGCUGCCUUGCCUCCCGGGCGACCGUUCCCUUCGUCCCGUCACUCGAGGACGCUCUCUCUCCCUCCACCACUCGCAGCGCACUGCAAACGCCUCGCGCGACGCAGCCUCCAGCCCCCUCCGACUUCCUCGGACAUCGUCUCUGCCCCAGCUCACAUCCCCCUCGCCGCGCCGCCUUUCAUGCCCAUGUACAAGCCCUCGACGGAGACGACGCCCGCGCGGCUAGUCAAGCUCCCGCCCUCGCCCAGGCAGCGCCGACCCUCGACCGGCGUCGAAGAAGACCUUUGGACAGGUCUCCCUUCCACCGUCGCUACGGCGCCGCGAACGUCAGCACCCUCGUCGCCCAAGUCGUCACACUCGGCCUCGCACAAGCAGGAAGGGUCCAAGUUUCGCCGCCGCCUCCAGCGCUGGACGCACGGCGGUUCGCGCGACCGCCUCGACUUUGGCUGCGCCGGUGAAUGGACGGACGGUCCCGCCGACAUGAGCGACUCGUACUACAACCGCUAUCCAGGUGGCGCGAACCGCGCUUCCACCUCGUCGUCCGAAGACCAGCCCACCUGGACGCACUCGCGCGGACCUUCGACGUCGUCCAACUUCUCCGUGUCGACCGCCGCAUCGUCCAUGCCUCCCUCUCCAACCCUCGGCUGCACUCUCGAGCUCCCCUCGCCCAAAGCGUCUCGUGUCCCGCUCACUCCCCGAACGGCGCACCGCAAACGCAUGUCGGACGAGAUUGCCGGACUCGACGCCGUCAACGAGUACUUCCACCGCGUCAGGCUCAGCCAGAUCGAGGAAGACGUCGCGGUCAGUCCGAGGGGGAGCAGGCGCGAGUCGACGAUCCGCGCGAGCUUGAGCACCGUCAAACCGCCCAAACGCGAGUCGAUGGCGUCGCCCGUCACUGGGCUUGCGAUCUUUGGCGACGACGAGGCCGACAUCGUCUUCGAGGGCGCCUCGCUCGACCGCUCCGCCGACCAGCAUCCGUCACUUCACCACGCUCGCUCGAUCUCGCACGACCUCGAGAUCGAGUUCAUCGAGACGGGACACACGACGUUCACGCCGCUCACCUUCAGCGACGACGAGGAGGGCGACUCGAGCACGACCAUCAUCAUCCCCGAAGACGUCCUCCUCUGCCCCUCACGAUCGUCGGUCACAUUUGAUGCGGCGGAUGCUACGCCCUGCACGGUCGCGACGUUCGGGACGAGCGAGUCUGCCGAGUCGUGCGACUCUGCCCUCUCCGCUUCGACCAUCAAGCCUCUCACGCUUCAGCGCUCGCCCAUCCCCGAGCACGACAUCUGCCCGGCUCUCGACGAGCUCUCCGAGUACUUCAGCUCGAGCAACGACCUCCCAAGCCUCGCGACGUCGUGCGCCUCGUCUGCCUCGUCGUCAUGCGGCGACACCUCAGACUCGGGGUACUACUCGAACGACUCGCGCGCGGCGUCGUUCAAAUUCCCGCCUGUCCAUCAGCGCUUCGCAUCGGUUCCGUCGCUUCCGACUCCGCGCAUUCAGCAGACCCCGCUCGUCAACACGACGAGGCACAAGCGCGGCGCGGCGAGCUUUGCGGCGGCUGAGCGAGCCAAACUCGUCGCCAAUGGCCAGGCGACCCCGACCAUCGCGGAGCGUCACGUCUGCUACGAGUGGAUCUGA